AAACAAGGGAAACCAAGAGAAAACAAAGAAAGAACAAGAAACCCCCAAGAAAAACACCAAUUCACACUUAAAACGCCCGAAAAACACCAAAAAACACCCCAAAACACAGAAAACGUAAACAAGACCAUAGAAAACAUGGCCAUUGAAAGGGAAACUCAAGCAAACCCACCCAGUUACCAGCAGGGGACUGACACAUACACACACACCACUCCAGGCUUAAUAUACAUAGACACAAGCUUCCCUGGGGCUGGAAUGGACCCUGGGGCAGUAGCUGAGGGGGUGCUGGGGGGCUGUGAGUGUCCGAGUGUCUGUCAAACCAGCUGCCAUGGGUCUGAAAUUGCAUAUCGUGAAAAUAUUCUGAGCCACAUCCCGCCAGUCAAGCCGGUUGUGGAAUGCAACGAUCUGUGCACGUGUGGCAGUUCGUGUGGCAACCGUGUGGUCCAGUGUGGCCCAGCAUGCGGUCUGGAGGUCCGGUCCACCCCUGGGAAAGGUUUGGGCCUGUUCACGUCGCACGAUUUACCAAAAGGAGCGUUCGUUUGCGAGUACUCUGGUGAAAUCAUAUCAGGGCCGGUCGCCAAGGCACGGUUCGACAAACAGACAGCCGGGGCAGCUAACUACAUCCUAACAGUGACAGAAUACACCAAGAAAGGCAAGAUGACAACCAUAAUCGAUCCAACAGUGACUGGAAACCUUGGCCGCUAUGCUAACCACUCUUGCAGUCCGAAUAUCUGCAUCGUACCAGUCAGGGUGGAGGAGGUGUGGCCAAGAGCAGCCUUCUUCACCACUAGAUCUGUGUGUGCAGGGGAGGAGCUGUGUUAUCACUACGCAGAGGGGCUGGGAGAGGCUGGGAGAGUGACCAAGAGGACGAGAGAAGUUGGGAGAGGUUUGGAUGGGCUGGGAGAGGCUGGGACAAGCUGGGAUUUACUGGGAGAGGCUGGGGAAGGAGAGAGAGGGACUGGAAGAGGAAGGGAGGGACUGGGAGAGGUUGGGAUGGGCAGGGAGGGACUGGGAGAUGCUGGGAUGGGCAGGGAGGGACUGGGAGAUGCUGGGAGAGGCCGAGGUAGACAUGGAGAGAUGGAGAGAAGGUGGGGGAGAGAUGGAGAGACUGGGAGGAAUGUGGAGGGAAAAUUUAAACUUUCCUCCACUCCUUGUCUCUGUGGAGGAAAAAAUUGUUUGGGUUUUCUUCCAGCUGUGGAACCUGAGAUAGACUGACAGACGGACACACAGACAGACAGACACACAGACACACAGACAGACAGACACACAGACAGACUGGGAGAAAGAGGAAGAGAAAAAGACAAAGAAAAGAAACUAAU